UUGCAUUUCAGUAGAUAAUGGAUAUGGCUACCUCCUCCUUCGUCUUAGGCUCAGAUUUCAAAUACAUAUUAUCUUUGAAGAAUACUAAGACCCUGUCUGGGUUUGGUGCAUUGAGACACACACACCCAAAUGGUUUAUUCAGUAAAAGCUUCCACUUUCACGCUCUUUCUGCUAGAAUGGUGAAAGGUACUACAAAGAUGGUUUCUGAUGUUUAUGUUGGUGGAGACACAAGUAUUAGAGUCAAUAGCAAGAUGUACACCAAGUUGGACUCUUGUUUGGUGUUUCCACCUACUCCAAAUCGUGCCAAGCCUCGAGCAAUAAUCAAAUUCAUUGGUGGUGCCUUUAUUGGUGCUAUUCCUGAAGUUACUUAUGGCUACCUUAUUGAGUUUUUGGCUAAGGAAGGUUUUGUUGUGGUGGUGGUGCCUUAUAAUGUGACAUUUGACCAUGCUCAAGCAGCCAAACAAGUAUAUGAAAGGUUCCACACUUGUUUGGAUACAAUCCUCAUAUCUGGGUUGCCUCCAGCCAAUUUGUCACCUGCUCAGCUUGAAGGCCUUCCUCUUUUCUCUGUUGGCCAUAGCAAUGGUGCACUACUUCAACUACUCACAGGAAGCUUAUUUUCUGAGAAAAUACCCAAGGCUAAUGCCAUAAUCUCAUACAACAACAGGCCAGCAACGGAGGCAGUCCCUUACUUUGAACAGUUGGGUCCUGCAGUCAACCAAAUGAUGGCAGUUAUGGAAGCAACUCCUUUUUAUUCAAUAGCUAGAAAUGCAUCAGGAGAUGCAUGGAAGAUGAUGCUGGAUACUGUUGGAUCAAUUCUACAGGAAAGUGAGCAGGAAAUAUUGAAUUCCUUAACUAAAUUUGUUGAUCAGUUGCCAUCAGUAAUGAAUGAGGUUACACAAGGAAUAUCAGAGUUCAAGCCAACACCAUCCGAAAACCGAGAUUGCUUUAAAUGUUCAUAUAAUGUUGAACACACACUGUUGGUGAAGUUCAAUUUUGACCCAAUUGAUGAGACAGAUAUUCUUGAAGAAACAAUAAAAACUCGUGUGGAGUCAUUGGGUGGAAAAUUAGAAAAAGUACAAUUAAGUGGUAACCACAUCACACCAUGCAUUCAGGAACCAAGAUGGCAAGUGGGUAACUUGUAUACUCCAGCAGAUGCUGUUGCUCAAGGGCUUAAAUCUCUUUCUCUGAAUGAGACCAGAAUCCUUGCCAGAACCAUUAGCGAAUGGUUUAGAGGCUUUGAGGAUUGAAGUGCCAGAGAAGACUUGCAUUGCGUACUUAAUACAGUAUAAUUUUGGCUAUAUGCAAGAUGAGAAGUGGUAACGUAGAAAUAUAUUAUCUAGCAUAUUUUUUCUAAAACAUUCUUAGUUAUUGACUAAAAUUUAUUGAAGACUACGAAAAUAUGAAUGCAAAUCAUUAAAUUAAGAGUGAGAUUCCUAUGAUUUUUGUGAUUUCUAAUAAAUUUUAGCCAAUAAUAAAAUGUAUUUGAAAAAGUAUGUUAGAGACUAAGUUGCUAGCAUUUCUCUAAGCAGGAUAAUGCAUGUUUUGGGAUUGGAACUUUAAAUCCGAAGGUGAUUAAUUGAAACCCUAUGUAAUGUAUAUGACUUACAGAUUAAAGAUCAAAAUACGGCGCUGUAGCUAAUAUCAUUAAUGAUUGAUGUACGUUUGCACAUGCUUCUUUUCUAUCAAAGUUAUGCACAUAUAUAGGCUGAAUGCCAUUC